CCAAAAGAUCGUCGAAGGACAAUCGACGAAUUGAUGUGAGGGCCGACGUCCAGGAUAUCAGCACCAUCGACGACCGAAUAGAAUCAUCAUCUCGAUAUCUACUGAAGUAUAUAAGUAUAGCGUACGGUACGGCACAAAAAAGAUGAAUGGCAUGAAAGGAACUACUAUUCCGUUUGUCUUGAUGCUGCUGCUAUUGGCAAAUCAUGGUGUGAGUUUCGUGGCAUCAUGGCAAUUCCAACCGCCAAGCUUCUCACUCCUUUCGGCUAACACUGGGAUGGGUAUGCAUAGCGAGGCUGGAUCGGCGUGGCAUCAUUUUUGGGAGACGUUUCCGCAGUGGCAUCUUCCAACAACGAAAACCGCCAAAGGCCAUCCACAGUCUUACCAUUAUCAUGAAAGUGUCCAAGACUUGGCCAACCUAGAAAUUCCCCGUCGGGACGGUGGUACCGUUUUGGCGUACCAGACUACUUGUGCUUCUUCUUCUGGCAAAAAUAAUAAGAAACUACUCAUUCUUCUUCACGAAUUCUUUGGCUUGAGCCAAUCCAUCUGUGACAAGGCCGAUGCUCUGGCCAACGACUUGCAGUGCACCGUCAUUGCGCCCGAUACGUUUCGAGGAGAAUCCUCCACGUUUAUUCCCAAAUGCAUCUGGUUGGCACUGAGUACACCCCAGGAUCGCGUCAAUGCCGAUUUGGACGAUGUCCUGCAGUGGUACACAGCUACAACAGCAACAACUGAAGAGUCGAAAGACGGUAGUACUCUGAGUCUAGCAGUCAUGGGAUUUUGCUACGGUGGAGGCAAAGCCAUUCGCUACACCACCCACUGUCAACCUAGCGCCGCAACUGUCGUUUGCUACGGAUCUCCCUUGACCGAUGUCGAUGCUCUGAAACGUUUGAAAAAGCCCGUCUGUGGAAUUUUUGGACAAGACGAUCUCCAGUUUCCACCACCCGUGAUACAAGCCUUUGAGCGUGCUCUGCAAGAGGCACAAUUACAAGAUGACUCUACAAUCACGGUAUACCCCAACGUAGGUCAUGCGUUUUGGAAAGAUAUGCAACAGAUUGAACAGAAACAAGAACCACAAAUCUCGGCCUACCAACAAGUGGUGGGAUUCUUGAAGGAACACUUGUAGAAAUAUAUAGCUAAACGACGGAAACUAUACUGUGCACGCCGAUCGAGUCACAACAACACAGUCACUCGAGAUUCUUCCGACAAACGUCUCUCCGACAAUCAAACCGGCGUGCCACCAUACUCAAAAGUUGCCGUUCCAAGGGUACGGGAUUCAUGCAUUCAUGCUGGACUAGUUAGCAUGAUCGUGCUCUUUCUUAACAUUUGCUUGGCGACUUCGUACGUUGCACAGGUGCUUGUCCCAAAAUCGGUAACACAAUCAAGAUUAGCGCGACUGUGCAUCCGUCCACACCAAAGGUCGACAGUAUAGGCGCUACAGGACCCAGUAGCCAAAAACCAAUUUUGAAUCCAAAUGAUUCGUAUACUUGACGCAACAAAACCCUGGAAAAUAAUCAGUGGAGCAUGCCGGGAUGGUAGGUGGCGGGGUUGGUUGGUUCGGGGUAGGACGGAAGGCGACUCGGAUGAAUUCUUUGUUGGCCUCUUGCUCAGACUUGUGGAAGGCAUAUCAGAUGGGCUGAUGCUGAGUCUUGGGGAUAGAAUUCCAGAAGGGCUGAUAGAGGGCAAGGUUGAUGGAGACAGCGUGGGUGGUCAUUUUUUGCAUACAUAGUAAGGGUGUCCUGUAUCAAGGUUGUUGAAGCGAUAGGUGAAAGUUGCUGC